CACCAGCAGUGCCAUUCCAGUACAGUAGAGGGCAGUGUGCGCCUUUCAUCAUACAGUAACCAACUCGUAAACACACACUACAGAAACUACAGGACUCGAAUUAACACAUUUCUCAUCUGAUUGUGCUACACAAUACAGGUACGCUGGAAUAUUCGGAGAGCGACUCGGACAUGUCAUAUGUCUUCAUCAAUGACUCGUCGCAGACCAAUGUACCAUUACUGCAGGCUUGCAUCGAUGGGGACUUGAGUUUCGCCAAGCGUCUGCUGGAGACCGGUUGCGACCCCAACAUCCGUGAUCACCGGGGCCGCACGGGUCUUCAUCUGGCCGCGGCGAGGGGUAAUGUAGACGUCUGCCGCUUCCUGCACAAGUUUGGCUCCGAUCUGCUCGCCACUGACUACCAGGGCAACACUGCGCUGCACCUGUGUGGUCACGUGGACACUAUUCAGUUUCUGGUGUCCAAUGGACUGAAAAUUGAUAUUUGUAACCACAAUGGAUCGACCCCACUGGUUCUGGCUAAGAGGAGAGGGGUAAAUAAAGAUGCCAUACGGCUCCUGGAAGGGUUGGAGGAACAGGAGGUGAAGGGCUUUAACAGAGGAGCCCACUCCAAACUAGAGGCCAUGCAAAUGGCUGAGAGCGAGAGUGCGAUGGAGAGCCAUUCAUUGCUGAAUCCAAACCUGCAGAACAGCGAGGGUGUGCUGUCCAGCUUUCGCUCCACCUGGCAGGAGUUUGUGGAGGACCUGGGUUUCUGGAGGGUCCUGCUUCUGCUGGUGGUCAUCGCUCUUCUCUCUCUGGGCAUUGCUUACUAUGUCAGCGGGGUACUGCCCUUUUCUGCUGGCCAGCUUGAGUUGGUCCAUUGAGGGCCUGCUAUAGGGGCGGAGACCCUGUACUGAUGGUUUCUUAUACAGUACUACAAGAUUAGGUCUAAUCUGGAGAUUAGAAAUGAUCUUGUCAAGUAUUUAUGGCGACAAAAAUGUUAUGGACGUUUCUCAGAUGUUCACCAAAUGAUGUAAACGUGUUAAUUUCUCACACAUCUUUCCUUGUUCACUAAACAUGUAUAAGUGGCAUUAGAUGACUGUUACACUUUACAAAUAAUAGAGCAUCAUGAUGUUUUGUUUGCAUAUUAAGUUAAUUUAGUAGAAUUAUGUACAUACAUACUACAUAUAUAUGCUUGCAAUGUACUGCUGGUAACAAACUAAUGAACUUUAUUUACCUACAUUGUAUAUUUAUAUAUAAGUUUAUUGUACGAUUUUGUUUUAUCCUGUAUAUGUAAGUUCUUUUUGUUUGUAUAAAUAAAUGUCAUUCUUUCCACAAAUAAAUGUCAUGAUUUUCCACAUGAUUAAAUGUCAA